AUGCAAUGCUGUGUGGAACAUGUUUUUGAAUUUCAUCAUCAUCCCCUUGAGGCUCUAGUGUACACUCUAAAAAAACAACAACAACAACAACAACAACAACAACAACAACAGGAGGAGGAGGAGGAGGAGGAGGCGGAGGAGGAGGAGGCGGAGGAGGAGGACCUCGAUCUUCGACGACGGAUAAGGGCCAUCACUGAUCACCAGUUGAGUUCGAAGGGUUGCGAUGAGCGUUGUUGCUGUCAUGAUCGGUAUCAACAACAGCAGCAGCAACGAGGAUUAAGCUCACCAACACCUUCGCUAGCCUCGACGUUGCUGCUGUCCGAUUUGAAUGAUGAUGAUAAUGCAUCACCACCACUACCACCGACGUCACGAUCACCAUCACCACCAACACCAUCACCCCCGCCAUCGUCAUCAUCAGCUCAGAGAUUUUCUCCGUCAGAUGGGGACGAUUCGCAAUCGUCAGAUGGAGAAGAUGAAUAA